AUGGGUUUCCCGCUCUUUCAGGACAGGCGCGAGGGGUACCCGGACAACAUCGUGCUUCAAAAGACAUCGACCUCAAUGGGGACGAGCUACGUCGAGAAGAUUGGAAAGACCGGUCUGGACCAAUGCAACCCGCUCAACCUGUUCAAUCCUUUCCAAAUGUUCCCGGGUCGUUCUCUGUGGAUCGCCUCCCCAUAUCCGAUCAGCAUUUUCAGCGAAUGCAGCCCCUCUCCAUCGUACCAUAGGUACUUAGCCACGCCGCCUUCGCCCGGGACCUACUGCAAAACUCCCGAAAUCUAUUGCACGACUCCCGUCAAAGUGCAGGUUCGCACAAAAACUUGGCUAUUCCCUCAUAGAGACUUGGGACCUGCCUUCGCAAACGGAUGGAACAAGCUUCCCACCGAGAUCAAGCUCCAUAUUCUGAGCCAGAACCUCCGUUUCCAUGACUGCAUAGGCGAGAGCUCCGAUGAAGAAUACAAGAUGUUGCGGCAUCAUCUCCGUAUGACCCCAGAGAUUGCUGCAUUUUCCAAAGAGAUCUUCUAUUCCAGGAACUCCAUGAACUUGACCAAGUAUGAUAGCUGGGAUAUCAUGUAUUUGAAUAUUCCACCUCAGAGCGCUACGCCUUUCCUCAGCCGUGCUCAGGUCACUGUCCGUCUUGGUCGAAGCCGCGACUGGCACGUUCUCUUUGCUUGCUCUAGAAUUUUACGCAAAUGCCCGAACUUCCAAUAUCUCAGCAUCGUCUUCCAAUGGGCCAAGGACGUAUAUAUCGAAGAUCUUAUGGAGGAUUAUCCCAAGGAGAAAUGGAUAUCUGUGCUUGAAGCUAGAAUCAAGCCGGAGAACGUGGACUUCUGGUGUAAAGGGGAGGUCUCCUUCAAAGGCAACCCAGUGCUGGAACGCUUCGAUGGCGAAUGGGUGGCGCCUGACGACAAAGUCAUCGAUACUCUCGAAGCGUUCAUCAAAGGCAAGAUCUCUUUUGAUCACUGA